UUCAAGCGUCUCCUAAAUAAAGUUCUAAAAUAAAACAAGAAUAAAAGAGCAAGGGAAAUAUUGUAAUUAAACAUUAGAAUUAAACUAAAAUAUACUCAAUAACCAAACUCAACGUAUAUUAAAAGUUUAAACCAUUUCUUAAACAAGUGUAAACAAUGGAGAACAUAUCGAAAAUGGCAAUUGAUGACAGCUCUUCCUCAAUGUACUUUUCUUUUAAUAAUACGACUGCAUAUAAAAUGCAAUUGGAAGUCGCCAAUGACAAUUCAAUUCCCGCUAACGAUGAAAAUGAAUGUGAUCAAAAUGACACGCUGGAAGCCGAUGAUGCAAAUCAACCCAUAGAACAAGUGCAAACAGUAAAGAAGCUAUCAUUUGGCGUAUCCCCUGCCAAAGCCAUUCCUAAAAAUAUUCUUAAGGCGUAUAACGUUCUUUCAUCGACUCCAACUAAAGCACAGUUGCUUAGAAGUGUCGAAUUUAAUAGAGGAUCGGCUGCUGUAGAUGUCGAUGACCUGGGGUUAGCGUUCUUAGAAGCCCCUCAGGAAUCCAUCAAAUCCGUUUUAACCGAAGAGAAAGAAAAUCAACCUCAAGAAUCCCAAGAAAUAGUAUUUUCAGAGACUUCUUCAGAAAUAGUGGUAUCUGUGAUUGAAAAGACGCAGGAAGAAGAGAAACCAGUCAAAAAGGUGGGUUUUUCUAAUUUGCCCAUUUUGAAGAACUCAGGAAAUUCUAAUAUACAAGGAGGCACUCCUAAUGUCCGUCGAUCUUUUGCAAGACAUGAGCCAGAUCUUGCCAGAAAUCGUCCUUCGAGAAUUAACAAGAGAGUAUCUAUCGCUCAAAAUACUCGUAAUUUAGCACAUUUUCAGUCCAGCGCGGAUGAAAUUCCUAAGAUGCUUAGCUCAAUUCUCAAAAUUUCCAAAGGAUUACCGAAAAAAAGACAAUCAAUUACUAAUAUUGAUAAUCCUUUCAAUUUACUGGGAAGGGCCACUAGGAUGUCGAUUGUUAAAACCACGCUAAAUAGCCCAGCACGAAAGGUUUCACGCAAGUCAAUGAAUUCAGUUCAAAUUGGAAAAAUCAGUACCAGUAUCUGCAACCUUCCAGUAAACAAAGCUAAAAGCAUUGGUCGUUCUUCUCCUCCCAAAAGGGUUAUUCCGACAAAUAUAAGAAAAAGUAUGAUUCCUUCUAAUGCGACCAGUCCAAAGAAAGCGACGAUCGUUCCCUCAAAUGCACGUAAAAGCAUGAUUGCUUCUAGGUCUUCAACUUGGCUCCAAAAUCCCAGAAAAAGUAUGUCGACAAAGACAUCUAACGUAUCCAUAUCGGGGCCACCAAAAAACCAGACCACAAGUGGUGGUUCAAAGGAUGACUUUACUUGCGAAUUUUGCUCAAGAAAGUUCUUUGUCUUGUCCCUAUUCGAAACGCACAAGAGAACUCACAACAAAAUUCCCUCCUCCACAAAGACUUCUGCCGCCUUCGACAAUAAGUGUCGCUAUUGUGACAAGAAGUUUGCCAUUGCUAAGGCACUUGCAAAUCAUCUUAUUCAAAAUUGUACUAAAAUUCCGCCAGGUGAUAAAAAAAAGCUCCUCUUUCCAACUGAUCAGCCAAUUGCCACUCAUUCUAAAGCAAAACUACCAUCCAAAUUAUUGUCAAACGCUUCUAGCUGUGAUUCGUUCCCGAGCUCAACACAACUAUCUCGAAGCCAGUUAAAUGCCAAGAAAUUAACCGAUGGCAACAUAUCUAUGGCCCCUCAAUCAUCGAACAAUAAAUUGAAAAAAAAACUGGCUCACUCGGGAGUCUAUUGUACACCCAACAAGCAAAUCAUGUGUCACAUCUGUAAGACGAGCUUCAGUAAUAUUUUAGCUUUCACUGAACAUAAAAAAACACAUUCGAAUGCAGCGAAUGCAGUUGGUGAUAGCGAUGGCGCUUAAGAGACGGAAUCAGUAAAUACUAAUGUUCGAGGUUAAAACGAUGACAAAUCUGAGCAGCAAAAUUUUGACGUAGAUUGAUUUGCCUUGAAAUAAAGCUACAUUCUGACAAAAGUUGUAAGCAAAUUUAUUAUAAAAUUAUAUUUUGUAUUUAUUUUUAUUUAAACAAAAUACAGUAGCAACCAUUGAGCAAGAAUAGAGCUUGGAUUCUAAAAUAUCUUUGCUCGUACAUCCCACAUUUUAAAAAUAAAAAGAAACUAUAAUGUAAUAUGUAUAUUAGAUGUAGAAUAUAUGUAGCUUUUUGACGAUUAUUUAAUUAAUAUUGGAAUAUACGCUUAUAAAUAUGA